AUGGAUCACUAUGUGACGCACUUUUCCUGGGGGCUCGGGGGGAACCCACCCGCGGCCGUGGCGCCUGGCUUCCCGGCGGUCCCGACACCGCCCCUCAACCCUGCCUCCCCGCCUCCCAGCUUGGCCCCACCCUCCUUUAUAAUCACGGACGCUCCCUGGGCGUCUGGGGUGUGGUUGCAGCAAAAAUACACCACCUACCGUGGCCGCAUCAACACCAGCCGUGAGAUCGCCGUCUCUCUCCAGGUGAACAUUAUUCCAAACAAGGUGGAAGUUGCCGUGGGAGAGUCCAAAUUCUUUGUCUGUGAAGUAAUUGGGGAUGCCAAACGCAAAGACAUUUCCUGGUUCGCCCCCAACGGCGAGAAGCUCGUCACAAACCAGCAGCGGCUCACAGUGGCGCAGAAUGGGGACUCUGAGUCCACCCUCACCAUCUACAACGUCGACAUUGACGAUGCUGGCAUCUACAAGUGCGUGGCCUCCAGUGAGGAGGGAGAGGCUGAGGCCACACUCAACGUGAAGAUCUUCCAGAAACUGACUUUCAGGAAUGCCCCCCUCCCUCAGGAGUUCAAAGAAGGAGAGGAUGCGGUCAUUGUGUGCGACGUGGUCUCCUCCCUGCCUCCCAGCGUCAUGUGGAAGCACCUGGGCCGAGACGUCGUCCUGAAAAAAGAUGUCCGGUUCGUUGUCCUAUCCAACAAUUACCUACAGAUCAGAGGGAUAAAGAAGACGGAUGAGGGCAUGUACCUCUGCGAAGGGAGGAUUCUGGCCCGUGGGGAGGUGGACUUCAGGGAGAUCCGGGUCAUUGUCAAUGUGCCUCCUACUGUUCACACCAGGCAGAGCACCGUGAACGCCACGGCCAACCUUGGCCAGUCGGUCACCUUGGUGUGUGAAGCUGAUGGCUUCCCAGAGCCAAUCAUCAGCUGGACCAAAGACGGGGAGUCCAUAGAACGAGGGGAGGACGAUGAGAAAUACGGGUUUAGUUAUGAUGGCUCGGAGCUGACAAUCCGCAGGGUGGAGAAAAACGAUGAGGCGGAGUACAUCUGCAUCGCCGAAAACAAAGCCGGAGAACACGAUGCCACCAUCCAUCUCAAAGUCUUUGCGAAACCCAAGAUCACCUAUGUGGAGAACAAAACUGCUAUGGAGCUGGAAGAUCAGAUCACCUUGACCUGCGAGGCCUCCGGGGACCCCAUCCCUUCCAUCACUUGGAGGACCUCCACCCGGAACAUCAGCGAUGAAGAGAAGGCUUCGUGGACUCGUCCCGAGAAACAAGAGACCCAGGAUGGGCGCAUCGUGGUACGCAGCCAUGCACGGGUGUCUUCUUUGACACUAAAGGACAUUCAGUACACGGAUGCCGGGGAGUACGUCUGCAUAGCAAGCAACACCAUCGGGCAGGAUUCCCAAGCCAUGUACCUGGAAGUUCAGUAUGCUCCGAAGUUGCAAGGCCCUGUUGCGGUUUACACCUGGGAAGGCAACCAGGUGAACAUCACCUGCGAGGUGUUUGCGUACCCCAGUGCCGUCAUCUCGUGGUUCCGGGAUGGGCAGCUGCUCCCCAGUUCCAACUACAGCAACAUCAGGAUCUAUAAUACGCCGACUGCCAGUUACCUGGAGGUGACCCCGGAUUCAGAGAAUGAUUUUGGGAACUACAACUGCACAGCGGUCAACCGGAUCGGCCAGGAGUCCUCAGAAUUCAUUCUUGUUCAAGCAGAUACGCCAUCCGCGCCUUCCAUCGACAGAGUGGAGCCCUACUCCAGCACAGCUCAGGUUGAGUUUGAUGAACCAGAGGCCACGGGUGGGGUGCCCAUUCUCCGGUACCGGGCGGAGUGGAGAGCCCUGGGGGAAGAAGACUGGCACGGCAAGAUGUACGACGCCAAGGAAGCCAACAUGGAAGGCGUGAUCACUGUCUUGGGCCUGAAGCCGGAGACCACCUACGCCAUCCGACUGUCUGCUGUUAACGGCAAAGGCAUGGGUGAGAUCAGCGCCGUCUCAGAAUUCAAGACACAACCAGUUCGCACUCCGCCACCACCAACCCAGCAUCCUACUGAAUCCGAAAGCACAGAGGCAUCCCAAGGGGAACCCAGUGCGCCCAAGUUGGAAGGGCAGAUGGGAGAAGACGGGAACUCCAUCAAAGUGAACCUUAUCAAGCAAGAUGACGGAGGAUCCCCCAUCCGGCAUUAUCUCAUCAAAUACAGAGUCAAGCACUCCUCGGACUGGAAGCCUGAGAUCAGACUCCCCUCUCGCAGCGACCACGUCAUGCUGAAGUCUCUCGACUGGAACUCGGAAUACGAGGUCGUUGUGAUUGCAGAGAACCAGCAAGGGAAGUCGAAGCCCGCCCAUUACGCCUUCAGGACUUCCGCUCAGCCAACCAUCAUGCCAGCCAGCACAAGCCCCACGUCAGGACUGGGCACUGCGGCCAUCGUGGGCAUCCUCAUUGUUAUCUUCGUCGUCUUGUUGGUGGCUGUGGACAUCACUUGCUACUUCCUAAACAAAUGCGGCCUUUUGAUGUGCAUCGCCGUCAACCUGUGCGGCAAGUCUGGACCCGGAGCCAAGGGCAAGGACAUGGAAGAGGGCAAGGCAGCUUUCUCGAAGGAUGAAUCCAAAGAGCCCAUUGUGGAGGUGCGGACGGAGGAGGAACGGACCCCGAACCACGACGGAGGGAAACACACAGAGCCCAACGAAACCACACCACUAACAGAGCCCGAGCACCCCACCGACACUGCGGCCACCGCCGAGGAUAUGUUGCCGUCGGUCACCACCGUCACCACUAACUCUGACACGAUCACUGAAACUUUCGCCACGGCUCAGAACAGCCCCACCAGCGAGACCACCACCCUCACCUCGAGCAUCACCCUGCCAGCCACGCCCAUGCCCGAUUCCAAUUCUGUGGCACCCAAUCAGGGCACACCUAAAGCCACGGCAGCCUCUUCGCCGCCGCCCACCUCCACUCCCAAAGUCGCUCCCCUCGUUGACCUCAGCGACACCCCGGCUUCCGCUCCAGCCACUGGCAACUUGUCAUCAAGCGUCCUGACCAGCCAAGGGACGGUGCUGAGCCCCAGCACCACGGCUCCAGCCCCGGAGGCGUCCAAGGCUCCCCCAGCGGCUAGCAAGUCCCCCGCCCCUCCGCCCCCCAACCCUGCGAGCCUUCCGGCCCCGUCAGAGCCAAAGAAGGAGGCCUCCAGCAUCAAAAGCCCGGGAAAGGAGGCCGCCCCUCCCAAUGCGGUGAAGAGUCCUACAGAGGCUGCCAAGGGCGCGGCCCACCAGAAGAACGAGCCGGCCACGGGGGGUGCCACGAAUCCCACGCAGAACGAGGACUUUAAAAUGGACGAGGGCACCUUCAAGACCCCAGACAUUGAUCUGGCCAAGGAUGUUUUUGCUGCUCUGGGCACGGCGGCUUCCUCCCCUGGGGCUGGAGGCCAGGGGGCGUCCCCCGCACCGGAAAGUUCUGCGUCACCAGCACCUGCAAAGACAGAGAAAACCCCCGUAGAAGAAAAGCCCGCAGUUCAAGCCACAGAAGCCAAGACAGCCCCUGCAGAAGUGAAGACGGUGCCCAACGAAGCCACGCAAACAAAUGAGAACGAAAGCAGAGCAUGAUGGGCAAGCCAGCCAAAACAAAACACAAUAAAACAAAAUUGAAAGAACGACUUCACCUGAGCAUUUACAACACGACACGCAU